GUUCCGGGUCUCCCGGGGCUCUCAGAGCCAUGGAGGCCGCAGGACGCCGUGCUGCCCAGGGAGGGGAGGGAGGUUUUGGUGGGGGACAGGUCCUGAAGCCCUAUGACAGCUUCAUCCGCACCCACCUGCGCUUCUAUGGCUACUUCCGAGAUGAGAAGACGGGCAGGGAAGAGACUGCCAUGUCCCCGGGGGAGCCCUCCGGGCAGCAUCCCAAGGCAUCCACCAGCCCUGGCUGGCAACGAGGCCCUGGGCACGAGCCAAACCCCCCCAGGGUGGUGCAGACGCCCCACCAGGGCAGACCAGCACCCUUAAUGCAGCCCUGGAGGUCUCCAGGAGAAGCACAGGCUCCAUUCUCCCUCCCUGCUCCCCGCUGGCCUGUGGAGUGUGAAGUCAUCCAGGAGACGAUUGAGCACAUCGAGUGGGUCCCCCCCAAACCAGAGCCCUUCUGCCCUCCCAUGGGCCCGGAGCAGGCCCUGUGCACCCUCGGUGAGGAGCAGGGCACUGUCGUCUACCACUGCAGCCCAGCACUCCAAGGCUCCUGCUUUACCCGUGCUCGGGUUGGAGGAGCCCCGGGACCACUCUCCUCACCAGCAGCUCCCUUGGAGGGUCCCCAGGACACCACGCUGCUCUUCGAGUCCCGCUUUGAGAGUGGGAACCUCCAGAAGGCCAUCAAGGUGGGUCCCUACGAGUACGUGCUGAUGCUGCGGCCGGACCUGUACACGGCCAAACACACACAGUGGUUCUACUUCCGCGUCCAAAACACGCGCCAGGAGCCGCUCUACCGCUUCACCAUCGCCAACAUGGCCAAGCCCAAGAGCCUCUACGGCCAGGGCCUGCAGCCCCUGCUCUACUCCCAGCGGGACGCCCAGAGCCGUGGCAUAGGCUGGCGCCGGGUCGGGACCGACGUCCGCUACUACCGUGGCAGCGCGGGGGAGCCGCCGACGUCGCGGCUCAGCUGGACCGUGCGCUUCCCGCACGACGGCGACACGUGCUUCUUUGCCGCCUGCUACCCCUACACCUACUCGGAGCUGCAGCGCUACCUGCGCGCGCUGGCGGCCGACCCGGCGCGCUCCCGCUUCUGCACGGUGCAGGCGCUGUGCCGCAGCCUGGCCGGCAACACCGUCCACCUGCUGACCGUCACCGGCCCGGGCGGCACGGCCGGCAAGCGGGCGGUGGUGGCGAGCGCCCGCGUGCACCCCGGCGAGAGCGGCGGCUCCUGGGCCAUGAGGGGAUUCCUGGAUUUCCUGCUGAGCGCCCACGAGGACGCGCAGCUCCUGCGCCGCCUCUUCGUCUUCAAGGUGGUGCCGAUGCUCAACCCUGACGGGGUGGUGGUGGGCAACUCCCGCUGCUCCCUGGCGGGACGGGAUCCCAACAGGGCCUACGGGAAGGCGCUUCCCGGCUGCUUCCCCGGCGUGUGGCACCUGCGGGCCAUGGUCCAGAGGGUGCUGGCGGAGCGGGAGGUGGUGCUGUACUGCGACUUCCACGGGCACAGCCGGAAGCACAACGUCUUCAUGUACGGCUGCGAUGCCGGCGGGGACACCGGGACACGGCUGCGCCAGCGCGCGUUCCCCCUGAUGCUGAGCAAAAACGCCCCCGACAAGUUCUCCUUCUCCAGCUGCAAGUACCAGGUGCAGAAGAGCAAAGAGGGCACAGGCCGGGUCUCCCUGUGGCGCCUGGGCGUCUCCCACAGCUACACCCUAGAGGUGGCCUUCAGCGGCUCCACGCUGGGUGGGAGGAGCUCCCACUUUAAUGUGGAGGACCUCGAGUCACUGGGCCGCCUCCUCUGUGACACUCUGCUGGACUUCUGCGACCCUGCGCCCGCCAAGCUCCAGCAGUGCCUGGUGGAGGCGGAGGCGCUGCUGCAGCGGCAGAUGGGUCGUGAGCCAGGCUCUGGAGGCAGCUGGAGCCGUGUGACCCCCUCAGAGCUUGAGUCCAGCACCAGUGGCUCCGACAGCUCCAUGUCCGAAGGGAUCCCAGAUGACUUCCACAGCCCCGAGCGCCCAGUGGAGCCACGCAGGAAGAAACAGCUGCGGAAACGGAGAGCAAGGAAUGUCCUGCGCCGAACAAACCGGAGCCAAUCCAGCAUCCCGGCUGGGACCCGCAGGCCUCCAGCUCCUCCUGGUGUCCGGAGCGGAGGUGGCAGUGCGGGAGAGAAGCCCAGAGCCAGCUCCAGUGUCACCUUUCCCAGGGCAGCUGGAGCAGGGAAUGGCCCCCGUGCCAGCAGGGGCGAGGUGCCUGGAGCUGACUCUGGAGUGACCCUUCCCAGGGCAGCUGGAGCAGGGAAUGGCUGCUGUGCCACCGUGGGACAGCAUCAGCCAGACCGUGGCACAAGCGCUGUGACACGUCGCAAGCCACUACUGAGCCCCUGCCACCGUGCUGCCACCAGGGACCCUUCCCGGGAUGCAGGAGCGAUCCUGGGGCCACCCAGGCAGCGGGGCGGGCCCGGGGACAGGGCACGUCCCCUCUCUGUCCGUGCAGCGGCCCCGCGCUGCUCCGCCUGCGCUCGCCAGUAAAGGUGCUGCCACCUCCAUGUCCGUGCCUGGUGCUGCCUGCUCGCAUUGUCAUGUCCCCUCAGGGGUCCUCUUGUCCCCGGGCCCGGCCAGAGUCUGCUGGCACCCAACCCCGAGCCACCAUGGCGUCAGCCUA